GGAUUAAACAUGGCUAAAACAAUGCCAAUUUGAAUAGCCGUUUAAACCCUAAACCUUUUCAUAAACCCAGAAGAGAAAGAAUGAGGCAGAAAAACCAAUCUUAAACCCAAACCAUAACAAACACAAAAAAAGUACCAAUCGAAGAAGAAAAUGGUGAUACUAAUAGCUCGAACUCUCUCUACUUCCCAAAAGCUCAAACACUCCCUCUAUUCUCUCUCACAACUCUUUACCUUAGCCCAACAUCAACAAUCACUCCCAACCCCAAAACCCAAAACCCCACCACCUCCAUUUCUCUUCUUCAACUUCAAAUCUUUCUCUUCCUCAAUCCCAUCUCUGCCCUUCACCCGCGAUGGAAAUUACGAGGAACCCACUUCCCUCGUCUGCCCUGGUUGUGGGGUUCACAUGCAAAACUCAAACCCUAAGCACCCUGGCUUUUUCCUCAAGCCCUCGGAGAAGAAUCCCGAUUAUCACUCACAUACCCAUCUCGUUCACAUUGCUCAGGAAUCGGAAUUUCCAGGUUCCCUCAAAAGGGGUCUCGUGAUUCAGCCCGAAAGUGGCGAUGAGUCGGGUUUUGAUUCGGGGCGGAGGCCGGAGAGGCCGGUGGUUUGUGCGCGGUGCCAUUCGCUGAGGCAUUACGGGAAGGUGAAGGAUCCGACGGUGGAGAAUUUGCUGCCGGAUUUUGAUUUUGAUCACACGGUUGGGAGGCGGCUGGCUUCGACGGGCGGGACGCGGUCGGUGGUGUUGAUGGUGGUGGAUGCUACGGAUUUCGAUGGCUCGUUUCCGAGGAAAGUGGCGAGGCUGGUUUCGGAGACGAUAGAGGAGAAUUCGGGGGCGUGGAAGCAAGGGAAGUCGGGGAAUUUGCCGAGGAUGGUGAUGGUGGUGACUAAGAUUGAUUUGUUGCCAACUGAGUUGUCACCGACGAGGUUGGAGCAUUGGGUGAGGCAGAGAGCUAGGGAGGGUGGGGCAGCGAGUAAGAUGACUAGUGUGCAUAUGGUGAGUGCAGUGAGGGACUGGGGGCUCAAGAAUUUGGUGGAAGAUGUGGUGAAAUUGGCUGGGCCGAGAGGGAAUGUGUGGGCAAUAGGGGCACAGAAUGCUGGUAAGAGUACGCUGUUAAAUUCGAUUGGGAAGCAUGUAGGAGAAGGAGGAGGGAAGAUUACACAUUUGACGGAGGCACCGGUGCCAGGGACGACAUUGGGGAUCAUUAGAGUGGAGGGAAUUUUGCCGGGGCAGGGGAAGCUGUUUGACACGCCUGGGCUUUUGCAUCCUCAUCAGAUCACCACGAGGUUGACGAGGGAAGAGCAAAAGCUUGUGCAUAUUAGCAAGGAGUUGAGACCGCGAACUUAUAGGAUCAAGGCUGGUCAUACAGUUCAUAUUUCUGGCCUUAUGAGGCUGGAUAUAGAAGAAUCAUCCGUAGAUUCUAUCUACAUCACAGUGUGGGCAUCUCCUUAUCUCCCAUUACACAUGGGAAAAACAGAAAACGCACAGAUAAUGCAAGAGGAACAUUUUGGCCUUCAGUUGCAGCCACCAAUUGGGGAGAAACGAGUUGAAGAGCUUGGGAAAUGGGUGAGAAGGGAAUUCCGUGUAUGUGGCAAUAGCUGGGAUUCAAGUUCAGUGGAUAUUGCUGCUUCAGGUCUGGGUUGGUUUGCUGUAGGACUUAAAGGAGAGGCAGUCUUAGGUGUUUGGACCUAUGAAGGAGUUGAUGUUGUGCUUCGCAAUUCUUUAAUACCUUAUAGAUCACAUACUUUUGAAGUUGCAGGGUUUACAGUCUCAAAAAUCGUCUCCAAGGCUGACCAAGCUUUAAAUAAGCCUCGCCAAAAUGAAAAGAAGAGGAAACAGAGUGAUCCAAAAGUAUCUGUACCAGCUGAAUCACCGAUAUUAACAGUUGGUACAGACUCAAAUUCUUGUUGAGUCAGGCAGUAUCAUUAGAAGAAAAACAAUGUGUGAAAUUAACACAAAGAUUGUGUUAACAAGAAUGGAUGAGGAAGACAGAGGAAGCAAAAAGCUAGCAACAUUGCCAAGCGACAGAUGGAAUGAUUGACACUCAUUGACAAGAAGUGUGCAGGAGGAUUUAUAUCUGGCCAUCUUUUAUUUUCGAUCAAUAUUGCGUGGAAUAUCUAAAUCUUAAUGAGAAUAUUGCUGUUCUGCUGGACUCAGAGCCAAAAGAAAACAGAAGAUGCUAUGGGCAGGAUUCUUCUUUAGACAAAAAGGCUGUCUCUUCUUUCUUAAAAGCAUAUGAUCCAGCUUAAUUUUAUCGGUGGAAGACAAAAAGCUCUGCCCAAGUCAUAUUCCACCCAAAAGUCUAAUACUGCCCUAGGCCAUGGAAAUUACUGUUAGCUUACAGUUGCCUGUGAUUUGAAAAUGAUCACUGAGAAACUCCAAACAAUGUGUAUUGAGUGUCAAAGCUAUUGUAACAGAGUUUUAUUUGUUGUCAUAA